AUAGCAAAAAAAUCCAUUUUUUAUCAUUCUUAAUUUUUUCCCUAAAGCUAGCCUGGAAUGUCAUUGACAUCUCCAGAAAAUUUGGUCUGUGAUUUUUGAGGCAUUGGAAAAAAAGAAAAAGAAACCAACCACUGCAAAAUACAAUUCAUUUUAAUAGGACACCUUCAAUUAAGUACUUUAUUAUAGUAGAGAUCAUGCACGCUUUUUCAUGAAUGAUAAUGAAAAUAAAUACUAGAGUCACAAGUAAUAGACCUCCACUCUAGGUUACGCUGAAGGUAGAGGAACAAAAGCUAAAAUAGAUAGAUAGAUAGAUCCUUUUAUUAAUCCUUUAACAGGAAAUUACAGUGUCACAGCAGCUUCAAGACAGACAUAACACCACACAUUCAUACACAUAUAUCCAGACCUAAUAAAUUAAUAAUAAGUUAAAAAUACUUAAAAACUAUAAAUGACUAAGUAAAAUUAUUUUUGUGCAUUAUAGAGUCUUAUGGCAGUUGGGAUGAAAGAUUUCCUGUAUCUCUCAGACUUGCACACUGGUGCAAUCAGUCUUUGACUGAAGGUGCUAUUGUUUACCACCUUCAGAGAGUGGAGUGGGUGAGCAGGGUUGGCCAGUAUUGAGCCCAGUCUAUUCAAUGUUCUGGGGCCUCAUUUAUAAAACUUUGCGCAGGAUUGACGCCAGAAAAUGGCGUACGCUCGAAACUCAGAAUGUGCGUGCGCAAAAAAAUAUUCUGAUUCAUAAAACCGUGCGCACGCAUGUUCCACGCCAAUUACCCUUUAUAAAUCACAAUCCACUUCAAAGUUGCGGCACCUGUGCGUACCUCAAGACACACCCAUAAUUGCUUAUAAAUAUUCAGCGAAACGCCCUCAAUGAAUAUUGAUAUAUGUGGAGAAUAUGGCGAAAAGCGACAGAAACACAAAGAAGCGCAACUUCACCGACUGUGAGGUGGAAGUUCUAGUCAACGAAGUUGAACAGCGUCAACGAGUUUUGUUUGGGGGACAUAGUUCGGGAAUAACAAACGCCAAAAAAACUUGCGAAUGGGAGCAUGUGGCCCAUGCGGUCAACGCCGCAGCUUCUCAAGGCCGCACUAUAGCGGAAAUUAAAAAAAAAUGGUCCGACAUUAAGGUGGACGCCAAAAAACGGAUCGCAGCACACCGCCAAAGUGUCCGUGCAACGGGCGGGGGAAAAGGACAGCCAGAACUGACCCAGCUGGACGAGAAACUGGCUGGAAUCAUAGGAGAGACCCUCCUGAGCGGAAUUGUGCGUGAGGAGGAGGGUGACACUGAUGUCGGGCCACAUGAGACAGCCGAGGACUCGGUUGCUGGGUGUUCUAGUGAGGCCAAUGUUGCGGCUGCGGCAGCGGAGGUCCCAAGUCCUUCCACGGCCUCUGAUCCACCUGCAGCCACUCCGCGACCAGCCACCAGUGCCCGGGUCCUAACUGAUGCAGUACUGCAGGUGCAGCGGGAACACGUGGAAGCCAUCCGGGAGGUCGCCCGCGAGUUGAGAGAAAUAAAAAAUGAGUUGUCUGAACUAAAUGCCAACAUUAAAGAAUUUGUUCAAAAGUAUGCUAAUGAUUCCUGUCCUUACCUUAUUAUUCACAAGCGGCGCAUCACCUCCUCGCGCUGGCGCAGGGCUCCUGCGUUGGGGUGGAAUGCCUGGGGAUGGGGAUCGGGGUCGAGAGCAAGCCCCCCCCGUGGCAUCCAGGCAACGCCACCUGCCCUUCAGGAGACCGAUGGUGCGCUCCACAACCGCGCGCGCCUGGCUGUGACGCAAGUUGUAAUGGGUCUCCUCAGGCGUUUGGGGGUUCAUGAAUGGCGUGAGAAGCCACUGUUUCAGCGGAUAACCACUGUCACCUAUACAACAAAACUGAAUGAGUAA